CGACCGGGAGGGAGACGGCGGGCUCCAGACACCGAACCGCGGGCCAGGAGCGCGCAGGCCGCGCUCCGCCGCUCUGCCGCCGCUGUCCGGGAGCUGCCUCGCCGCCACAGAACAGUGUCCAGGCAGUGAGGCCCGGCUGGUAUGGCCUGACUCAAGGAGGUGCACUUGACUGAUAACCAGGCCUGUGGACCUAGUGGGAGCCUGUGAGUGCCAACGGGCUGCUGUUACUUUAAAAGAAGACAGCUGACAGACAGCAGGCAGAACAGCAGGAUUCGUCUGCCCUCAGUUCCUAAGAACAACUGUGGGACCAAGAACAGAGGCUGCAACCUAACACUACCGUCUUUGAGUACCUGCAGAUGAUGUCCAUUGUCAUUGGUAUCCAACAUCUUCCGGCCUGAUCCAUGGUCACUUUCCGGGAUGGCAACAAGGUGACUUAGCUGAGGAUGACCCUGACUGAAAGGCUGCGUGAGAAGAUAUCUCAGGCCUUCUACAACCAUGGGCUGCUCUGUGCAUCCUACCCUAUCCCCAUCAUCCUCUUCACAGGGCUCUGCAUCUUAGCCUGCUGCUACCCUCUGCUGAAGCUCCCCUUGCCUGGAACGGGACCUGUGGAAUUCUCGACGCCUGUGAAGGACUACUCACCCCCACCUGUGGACUCUGACCACAAACAAGGAGAAGCCAGUGAGCAGCCAGAGUGGUACGUGGGGGCCCCAGUGGCGUAUAUCCAACAGAUAUUUGUGAAGUCAUCUGUGUCUCCCUGGCACAAAAACCUUCUGGCAGUAGAUGUGUUCCGAUCACCUCUGUCCCGGGCAUUCCAACUGGUGGAGGAAAUCCGGAACCACGUGCUGAGAGACAGCUCGGGGACCAAGAGCCUGGAGGAAGUUUGCCUUCAGGUGACAGACUUGCUGCCAGGACUCAGGAAACUCCGGAACCUACUUCCUGAACAUGGCUGCCUGCUGCUGUCCCCUGGGAACUUCUGGCAGAAUGACUGGGAGCGAUUCCAUGCCGACCCUGACAUCAUUGGGACCAUCCAUCAGCAUGAGCCCAAAACUCUGCAGACAUCAGCCACACUCAAAGACUUGCUGUUUGGUGUCCCUGGGAAGUACAGUGGGGUGAGCCUCUACACAAGGAAGAGGAUGGUCUCUUACACCAUCACCCUGGUCUUCCAGCACUACCAUGCCAAGUUUCUGAGCAGCCUACGCGCCCGGCUCAUGCUCCUGCACCCCAGCCCCAACUGCAGCCUGCGGGCCGAGAACCUGGUCCACGUGCACUUCAAAGAGGAGAUUGGUAUUGCAGAGCUCAUCCCUCUCGUGACCACCUACAUCAUCCUGUUUGCCUACAUCUACUUUUCCACACGCAAGAUCGACAUGGUCAAGUCUAAGUGGGGACUCGCCCUGGCAGCCGUGGUCACAGUGCUUAGCUCUCUGCUCAUGUCUGUGGGGCUCUGCACUCUCUUUGGCCUGACACCCACACUCAAUGGAGGUGAGAUUUUCCCAUACCUGGUGGUGGUUAUUGGGUUAGAGAACGUGUUGGUGCUCACCAAGUCAGUUGUAUCAACCCCAGUGGACCUCGAGGUGAAGCUUCGGAUUGCACAAGGCUUAAGCAGUGAGAGCUGGUCCAUUAUGAAGAACAUGGCAACUGAACUGGGCAUCAUCCUCAUCGGCUACUUCACCCUAGUGCCCGCUAUCCAGGAGUUCUGCCUCUUCGCUGUUGUGGGCCUGGUGUCCGACUUCUUCCUCCAGAUGCUGUUCUUCACCACGGUCCUGUCCAUCGACAUUCGGCGAAUGGAGCUAGCCGACCUGAACAAGCGUCUGCCCCCUGAAUCCUGCCUGCCCUCAGCUAAGCCUGUGGGAAGGCCAGCACGCUAUGAGAGACAGCUGGCUGUGCGGCCGUCCAUGCCGCAUACCAUCACACUGCAGCCAUCUUCCUUCCGAAACUUGCGGCUCCCCAAAAGACUGCGUGUCAUCUACUUCCUGGCCCGUACUCGCCUGGCACAGCGCCUCAUCAUGGCUGGUACCGUUGUUUGGAUUGGCAUCCUGGUAUACACAGACCCAGCAGGGCUGCGUACCUACCUCGCUGCCCAGGUGACAGAACAGAGCCCACUGGGUGAGGGUUCCCUGGGCCCCAUGCCUGUGCCUAGCGGAGUGCUGCCCGCCAGCCGCCCGGACCCUGCCUUCUCCAUCUUCCCACCCGACGCUCCUAAAGUGCCAGAGAACCAGACGUUGCCAGGUGAGCUGCCUGAGCAUGCUGUUCCUGCAGAGGGUGUCCAUGACAGCCGAGCCCCAGAGGUAACUUGGGGGCCUGAGGAUGAAGAGCUGUGGAGGAAACUGUCCUUCCGCCACUGGCCCACGCUCUUCAACUACUACAACAUCACACUGGCCAAAAGGUACAUCAGCCUACUGCCUGUCAUACCUGUCACACUGCGUCUGAAUCCACGGGAGGCCCUGGAGGGACGUCACCCUCAGGAUGGUCGCAGUGCCUGGACCCCACCCGAGUCUUUGCCUGCAGGCCUCUGGGAGGGCGGACCUAAGGGGCCAGGUGGAACGCCAGCCCACGGCGACGUUACCUUGUACAAGGUGGCCGCACUUGGCCUGGCAGCGGGCAUCGUCCUUGUGCUGCUGCUGCUCUGCCUCUACCGGGUGCUGUGCCCGCGGAACUACGGGCAGCCGGGUGGCGGUCCGGGCAGGCGGAGGCGCGGAGAGCUGCCCUGCGAUGACUACGGCUACGCGCCGCCUGAGACGGAGAUCGUGCCGCUGGUGCUGCGAGGGCACCUCAUGGACAUCGAGUGUCUGUCUAGCGAUGGGAUGCUGCUGGUGAGCUGCUGCUUGGCAGGCCAAGUCUGCGUGUGGGACGCCCAGACCGGGGACUGCCUGACGCGCAUCCCGCGCCCAGGGUCACGCCGGGACAGCUGCGGAGGCGGAGCUUUUGAAACUCAGGAGAACUGGGAGAGGCUGUCGGAUGGCGGCAAAGCUAGCCCGGAGGACCCUGGGGACAGCCCUCCACUGCGACACCGUCCCCGAGGGCCUCCACAGCCUUCCCUCUUCGGGGACCAGCCAGACCUCACCUGCUUGAUCGACACCAACUUCUCGGUGCAGCUGCCCCCAGAGCCCGCUCAGCCCGAGCCUCGGCACCGGGCGGGCUGUGGCCGCUCUAGGGACUCUGGCUAUGACUUCAGCCGUCUGGUGCAGCGCGUGUACCAGGAGGAGGGCCUGGCUGCUGUGCGCAUGCCGGCCCUGCGCCCGCCCUCUCCAGGAUCCCCGCUGCCCCAGGCUUCUCAAGAAGAGGGGGCUGCACCGGAGAAGGGCUCCCCUCCUCUGGCCUGGGCUCCCAGCACAGCCGGCUCUAUCUGGAGCUUGGAGCUGCAAGGCAACCUCAUCGUGGUUGGGCGGAGCAGCGGCCGGCUGGAGGUGUGGGACGCCAUUGAGGGGGUGCUCUGCUGCAGCAACGAGGAGGUGUCCUCAGGCAUCACAGCCCUUGUCUUCCUGGACAGGAGGAUUGUAGCUGCUCGGCUUAAUGGUUCCCUUGAUUUCUUUUCCCUGGAGACUCACACUUCCCUCAGCCCCCUGCAGUUCACAGGGACCCCAGGACGAGGCAGUUCUCCUUCCUCAUCUGUGUACAGCAGCAACACAGUGGCCUGUCAUCUGACCCACACAGUGCCCUGUGCACACCAAAAACCUAUUACAGCGCUGAGAGCUGCUGCCGGGCGCCUGGUGACAGGGAGCCAAGACCAUACUCUCAGAGUCUUCCGACUGGAGGACUCGUGCUGCCUUUUUACCCUGCAGGGCCACUCAGGGGCAAUCACAACCGUGUACAUUGAUCAGACCAUGGUACUGGCCAGUGGAGGACAAGAUGGAGCCAUCUGCCUAUGGGAUGUACUAACAGGUAGCCGGGUCAGUCAUACAUUUGCUCACCGUGGAGAUGUCACCUCCCUUACCUGUACCACUUCCUGUGUCAUUAGUAGUGGUUUGGAUGACCUCAUUAAUAUCUGGGACCGCAGCACAGGCAUCAAGCUUUACUCCAUUCAGCAGGAUCUGGGCUGUGGUGCAAGCCUAGGUGUCAUCUCAGACAACCUUCUGGUGACUGGCGGCCAGGGCUGUGUCUCCUUUUGGGACCUAAACUACGGGGACCUGUUACAGACAGUCUACUUGGGCAAGAACAGUGAGGCCCAGCCUGCCCGGCAGAUUCUGGUACUGGACAAUGCUGCCAUUGUCUGCAACUUUGGCAGUGAGCUCAGCCUAGUGUAUGUGCCCUCUGUGCUGGAGAAACUGGACUGAGGGCAGGUCGACUAUACAACCCACCCAAUUGGGGCACUGGGGGCAGCAAGUCUUUGGACCUAGACAUCUUCUUUGCAGCUGCCUCUGAACUGUUGUCUCCUGACUGUAAUAUUAAACUUUUUUAAAAACCA